CCUGAUAAAAAAGUUUCUCUGAAUUCAUAGCUGCUACUCCCCUAUGGGACAACCCACCCUGAAGUUUUACCUUAUUAAAGCAAGAAAAAGGUUAUUUUGAUGUUGUGGCUCCGCUUGACGAUCAUAACUGUAGAGCUGAAAUGAAAGUGAAAAGAGGAACUCUGCUGGAUUACAUUAAACAAAGAUAAGCAGAGAAGCUGCAUUUCAAAGCUGAGGGGAGAAAGGAAACUCAUCGAGCUGCAUCUGUUGAACUUAAGUCACUUCUUCUUUCAUUUCUUUAAAAGUCUUCAUUUUCCAACCUCUGUGUGUUUGGAGCUGCUGUCAGUGUGGACCAUAAACUUUCAAAACCGCUUUUUUCCUGCUCAUAAUAGAGCAAAGCUUGGAGGAGGAAGAUGACCUCGAUGUACAGCAGCCUCCAUGACAACUACGUUUCAAACAAAGGGAGGAAGACCAGUUGUGCGGUUCUGGCUGUAGUGUUGGGCUGCCUCACAGUUCUGGGCAUUAUUCUGGCAAUCGCAGUGCUGGAGAGACCGCCGGCACCAAAAAACAAAGAGACAUUUCCACAGGAGCCCACAGGGGACAAUAUCUCCAACAAUCAGUGCAGAUUGGAAGUUGUAGAGAGCAUUCCAGAAGAUUUAUACUAUUCCGGAAAUGUCACGUUCGGAAGGCCGUUGGAGCAAGUUUGGAAGCAUCUUCUGUCCAUCGCCACAGAGCGGGUGGAGGUGACCUCCUUCUACUGGACUUUAACGGGAGAAGACAUCAAUGUGAACUCAUCAUCUGACCUGUCUGGGAGGGACAUCCUCUCAGAGCUGGGGGAGCUUCCGUCCAGAAACGUUUCUGUCCGAGUAGUGACCAGUGUUCCCACUGUCAAAACAAACUCAACUGAUUUAAAGAUUUUAAAACAAAAAGGGGUUCAGGUGAGAUGGGUGAACUUUGGGCGCCUGGCUAAAGGUGUUCUCCACACCAAGUUCUGGAUCGUUGAUAGAAAACAUCUGUUCAUUGGAAGUGCGAACAUGGACUGGAGGGCUCUGACUCAGGUGAAAGAACUCGGAGUUGUGGUCUACAACUGCUCCAGUCUGGCGACAGACCUCCAUAAGAUCUUCCAGUCCUACUGGGUGAUGGGUCUGUCCAACAGCUCCCUGCCACAGCAGUGGCCUUCAAAGUUCGACUCCAACUUCAACAAACAUCACCCUCUGCUGGUCAGACAGGAUAACAUCUCCGGGACAGUCUACAUUGCUGCUUCCCCGCCUCCAUUCUGCCCUUCAUCGAGAACUCAGGACCUGGAAGCAAUUCUCGGCACCAUCACUGAAGCUCAGCACUUCAUUGAUGUCGCUGUCAUGGAGUACUCCCCCGUUAUUUUGUUCUUCAAGCCUCAGAGGUACUGGCCGCUCAUCGACGAUGCCAUCAGAACAGCGGCGUUUGAGAGGAGGGUGAAGGUCAGACUGCUGAUCAGCUGUGGGCGAGACUCUAAUCCAGCCAUGCUGCCCUUUCUCCAGUCUCUGGCUUCUGUGCAUUCCCCCGAGCAUCACAUCAACAUCCAGAUCAAACUGUUCAUCAUCCCAGUAGGAAAUCAUUCCGACAUCCCAUUCUCCAGAGUCAACCAUAACAAAUACAUGGUGACGGAUAAAUUAGCGUAUGUUGGGACCUCCAACUGGGCAGGAGACUAUUUUCUGACCACAGCUGGAGUGAGUCUGGUGGUUUCCCAGUACGCGCCCGACCCCACAAAGAGUGCCGAUACACUGCGUGGUCAGCUGAAGGAGAUCUUUGACAGAGACUGGAACUCAGAGUUUGCAGUGAACUUGGCUGAUCUUGGACACCAUCCUGACUGUGCUCUAUCCAGAUGACUGAAGCUCUGAAGAAAUUACACUUAAAAAAGUUUUAUCUUUAGAUUCAAACAUCAUACAUAAUGUUUUUUAUUCUCAAAUUGUGUGUUUUUCUUUAAUCUGACUGCUUUGAGAUGAUAAAUAUUUUGUAAAAGACACUUCAUUUCACACACAAAACGUACUGUAUAAAACUUUAACGAUGUAUAUGACACAUUUAAUGGAAUAGCUUUACAGUGUUUUUUAGUGCAAAGGCUUUAAAUAAUGCAUAUAAGACAUAAUAAAAAAAUAAAGAUA